UAAACACUUACACUGCGAGGGUCAAAGUCUGAUGAAACAGAACAGUGAGAACUGAAGACAUACAAGACAUAAUGAAUGCAAUAUCAGCACCCAGAAUCUCCAUUUGUUUUAUUUGGACUCUGCUGAUCUUCACAUCAGAAGUCUUAAGUGAUGUAGAAGAGGAGAAUCUAGGAGACAACAGAUGUGUUUACAUUAAAGGACGACGUGUUAUUGACAUUGUAACUGUUCCAUGUACAGAGAAAAUCAAAGCGAGUUGUGGGUGGUUCAGUAUUUCAUACUGUACUAUGUACAGAAAAACAUAUUGUAAAAAGGAACUGAAUUCAACGAAGAUUCUCUACUACAAAUCAACAGAAUGUUGUACAGGGUUUGUGAGAACACCCAACAAUACUUGUGUCAAUGAAACAACACUUGACCCAGAGCUACGAAGCAUUAUAGAAAAUACCACAAAGAAAGAUAUGGAUGAGGACUUCAUUGUUGAUCCUAAGGAUGUCAUUAAAUAUGAACCUUCUGCUUUGGAACAUGAGGUUGAAUCACCUGUUAUUCAUAAAACAGGGAGUGGUAAAAAUAGCAUCAGUCUUUCUCAAGGGGCCUACGCAGGGAUAGCUUGUGCCCUCUUGUUUCUUGGUGUUGUUGCUGUAUUUGUUGGGAUUGCUAUUAGAAAGAAAAGACUGAGAAAUAGACAUAAUAAAAAGAGUGGAGGAAUGAGAGAUAGUAGGAUGGAGGGAGGAGUGAUGUACCAAACGACCCCCAUAGUGAAAACCCGACGUUCCAGUAAAUCAUCUGUAACGGAGGAGAUAGAACGGCUCCACCCAGACACGGAGGAAACAUGAUCACCGUAAUUAGACGUAAACAUUACCACAAGAGAUU